AUGGCCUAUACAGCUCGACCGAACUAUAAACGUUCCCUGGAACAUAAUUUCGAUUGCUGUAUAGCUUCGCGUGAACCCUAUCGUUAUCGCUCAAAAUCAGCAAAUCCGCCGGCCGGUGGCAAAACUCUUUAUUCGGUACCGGUCUCUGCUGCCAAAACGCGUUAUGUACCCCCGUUCUCAAUUCAGUCGCAACAAAGGAAUACCAUGGUUGUGGAUGCCCCUAUGACAGGACCAUCUUCGGGUAGUGCUAGUGCUCGAGGAAAAACUGAUCAGAAAACUCUACGUCUGUCGGUGACCAAAGUUAAAUUUGGCUCCAAUAACAGUCUUAACAAGCCCCAUAAAAGUUCCUCAUUUCGCAUGUAUUUCGACCGCGGUGAUUUACCCAUUAAAAUGGAAUAUUUAUGUGGAGGUGAUAAAAUUGGAUGGACAGUGGAUAUUGACAAACUCGACUACAGUUUAUACUUACCUUUAUUUUUCGAUGGCCUAUGCGAAACGGAACAUCCUUAUAAAACCUAUGCCCGCCAAGGAGUAUCCGACCUCUUAAUGGCGGGUGGUGAAAAAAUACAUACAGUGAUUCCACAAUUAAUUUUGCCAUUAAAAAAUGCCCUAAGUACUAAGAACCUUGAAGUUAUGUGCACGACAUUAAAGAUAAUCCAACAGUUGGUAUUAUCAUCGGAUCUAGUGGGGCCAGCUUUAGUGCCGUUCUACCGACAAUUGCUGCCUAUGUUUAACGCUUUCAAAGUCAAGAAUUUGAACUGUGGUGAUGAAAUUGACUAUGCCCAAAAGAACAACAUGAAUCUAGGAGAUUUAAUCGAUGAAACGUUACAAGUAUUGGAAUUGCAUGGUGGCGAAGAUGCCUUUAUUAAUAUUAAGUAUAUGGUACCAACAUAUGAGUCCUGUUAUUUAAAUUAA